AAAAAAAAUGGAUUAAUGGAUGGAAAAAAUAAACAAAUAGAGAUAUAACAUAGGUCCUUGGUUUUUAGAACAUUGCACCUUGUAUCUGCUAAUUUUUCACUUUAAAUGUAGAAUAAUGCAAUUUAAUCACUAUCUACAAUGGCUCUAGCAAGAAAUCUUUGGCUGUCAAGUCGCAAAAUCGCCAGAAAAUCUACAUUUUGUCAAUGCUUUUCAACAAAAUCCAAAGAAGAAACUGUAUGUAAAAGGGCUGUGAACGAGGCUGAAAAAAUUGUUGGAUAUCCUACGUCGUUUUUAAGUCUGAGAUGGUUAUUGAAUGAUGAAAUUGCUAAUGUGGCUCAUCAUAUUAGAAAAUUAAUUGGGACCAACCAUCCUUUAUUAAUCACCGCCAGAGACUUAAUUCUUGGUGGAAAAACACCAACAUGGGGCCUAAUUGUUUUAUUAGUAUCUAAAGCCGGAGGUCUCGGUAAAGCAUUCUCUGACAGUGAUAAAGAUGUUACUGCAGGCAUUUUACACAGCCAAAGAGUAUUAGCAGAAGUAACAGAGAUGAUACGAACGAGCAACAUACUUCAUAAUAGUAUUUUAAAUAUUUAUACUAAAGAUCUAGAAGAAUAUUCAGAUUUGAAUUUUGGCAAUACACUUAGUUUGUUAUCGGGGGACUUUUUACUGAGUAAUAGUUUCAAGGAGUUAGCCGGUUUGAAAAAUCAAGAGGUGAAUGAGCUAGUUUCAAUGUGUCUGAGAGAUUUAGUUGAAGCUGAAUUUAUAGAGCCAAGGGACAAACAAAACAGACCUUUACCAGCAAAACCCUUAGAAAUAUUGACUAAUAUAGAAGUCCCAAAUGAAUUUGGUUCAAGUCCACUCAAAGUCGCUGAAGUACUUGGUAAUGCAAAAGCCGAAUGGACUUUAAGACACUUUUUAAGCAAUGCAAGUUUGCUAGCAAAAUGUUGUCAGGCCACAUUAAAACUAGCCAAUCACAAUGAAGAUUUUCAGAAACUAGGAUAUUUAUUUGGGAGAAAUAUGGCUUUAGCUUGGCAUGCACAUUUUGAUCUGGAAAUAUUUAGACAAGCUCAAAAAGGCCCAUUUAGUUUAAUUUCGGCCCCAGUGAUGUUUCAUUUACAACAAAAUCCAGAUUUUUAUUCUGAAAUUUUGAAAGGUUCCGAAGAUGUUCAUAAUUGUGAUUUUGAUAAAAUUCAAAAGAUUGUCAGCGAAGGGCCAGGUCUACAAAUGACAGAAGAGCUAAAGCAAGAAUUUGUCGGUAAAAGUAUCAAGGUACUUGAUGGAUUUAAAGAGAGUGAGGCUAAGCAGGCAUUGAGUAAUAUAGUGAAUGUUUUAUGAAUUAUAUAAUUUAUUCAUGUAGAGUAAUGUUGUUUUUUCCUCAUAUGGUGAGCUGUGAUCAAUUAAUAAUAAAUUUAUUAAAUUGUUGUUUUCAAUAAAACUUGAAUAUUAAAAAAAAAUCACAAAUCCAUUGCAAGCGUAUCACCAAUAAAUUAGGUGUUAUCGCAUCUCUUACUUUAGUCCUCUGUCUUAUUUUAAAUUUAUUUAUUUUAUUUAUUUAGAGAUACACUUUCCAAACACCCCUCUUGGAGUAAUUAUUUAAAUAAAAAUUUG